GUAGCAGUUCACUUUGUUGAAUCAUGCGUGUUGACAGCGGCCACUAAACCACCAUGGUGGGUACGACACAGGACCGUACAGAUGCAGCCUGACAUUGUCUCGUAUCCCGGGGAAUGAAUGAACUGAAAAGCCGCUGUGUAACUGGGACUAGCCUAUUUGAAGACAGUAACUCUUCUAGGGGAUCCACUGCUCUGCUUCUCCUAACUCUAGAUUACUCUCUCGGACGGAUUUACAGCGUCUGGUUGAAGCCUGGUUUUCGCUUUUCCAACAACACUUCUUUUUUUUUUUGACGUUUCCUGCCUUUCGACUAUUGGGGUGUAUAUAUGAUGAAGUUUAAGCCAAACCAGACCAGGACGUACGACGGCGAAGGGUUCAAAAGAAGAGCGGCGUGUUUGUGCUUCAACAACGAGAAAGAGGACGAGGUGCUACUGGUGAGCAGCAGUCGACAUCCAGACCAAUGGAUUGUGCCAGGAGGAGGAAUGGAGCCUGAGGAGGAGCCCUGUGGGGCUGCUGUCAGAGAGGUGUAUGAAGAGGCUGGUGUGAAGGGAAAGCUUGGCAGACUACUUGGGAUUUUUGAGCACAAUCAAGACAGAAAGCACAGGACCUAUGUGUAUAUCCUCAUAGUGACGGAGACACUGGAAGACUGGGAGGACUCUGUCAACAUCGGAAGGAAGCGUAAAUGGUUCAAAGUUGACGAUGCCAUCAGGGUGCUGCAGAGCCACAAACCUGUCCAUGCAGAAUACCUGCGCAGACUCAAGAACACCUGUAACCCCUCCUGUGGUCCGGUGUGUAGCUCGACAAAUGGCAACACCCUUGGCUCCCAAGUGACGGACAACAACGCACCUCAUUAUGUUUGCUCCACACAGGCAUCAGAUCUAGUCAACAGAUAGGAUCAUCACCGGUAGGAAGCAGUUCUUCUAAGAGGACUCCAGGAUGGAUCACCUGAAAUGAACAUCUGCAUGAAGUACAAUACUAACAAAGACUCUUAAUAUGUGCGGACCCCUUGAAGUUGAUUUUAAACCCAAUUUUAGUGGGCUUGAAGAGUGCCAAAAUGUUUUCCAAGUAUAUUUACGGUUUUAUAUGUAUAUUUUUUAACAAGCAGCUGAUAGAGCAAAUGUGUCCCUUUUUAAAGUGCUUUGGAGUUUUUUCACAGUGACUGCCUGUGCAGUGGAAAGGUCAUUUCUAGUCUUACAUGCUGAGUAUUUUUGUGAUUGGCAGUGCUUGGAUGGUUGUCCUUGAGACCAGUACUAAGAAGUCUUGGCAUCCUUACAGUCACUCAGUGCCAAAUAAUGUCCACCUGCAAGAUGUGUUGAGGAGCUCCACAUUUAUGGAUAUUUUAUUAACAUGAAGUUUUUUAUGAAUCGCUAUGACACUUUCUGGGUGUGCGGAGUAAAACUAAUAUCACCUUAUCAUAACUCAAGUUGUGUGAAGUAUUUAUGCUGAAGAGAGCUGGGGCAAAGUUUACUUAGAUGUAAUUACCACGUUAAAAAUACACAGUGUCAUCUCUUUUCACUAGUAUUUGAAAACACUACUUAGGAUUUGGAGCCACAGUGAUGCUGCCUCGAACAUCUUUUUAUUUGUCCAGACAAUCAAUGCUCCAACACUUAUUGUUUAAUUGAGCAACACAUAUAAGAAAAGAUGCAUUUAAUCUGAAGAAACUAUUUAGUACUUUUGACAAAUGUGAAGUCCUGUAAAAGGACAAUAAGGCAGCCAUGGGUUUUGUAGUAGGGUUCCAGUGUGUUGUGCUUUAGUCUGAUUCUUCUAAGUGCCUUCACAAACACAAAGUAAAUUGUGUUAUAUCUGUGAACACCAAACACCAAACAGCAUUGACUGGAAGCAGUACAAGCCUUACACACUACAGAUAUACUGUAUUAUACUGUGUUCUCUGCUUUUGUUAGAUUUGAACAAUACAAUGUAUAAAGAACCUUGGAUUUGUUAUUACAUUUGAAUGUACAACGUUUAGAGUUCAUUGACAUAUUCUAUUUAUUUAUGUUUCAUAGGAAAAAAUUAACCCUUCCCAUCAUGAACAGGAAACUAUAACAGGAAGUCAUGGUCAUGUGGCUAGGAGUGGUCUGUUUUGUGAGCAUCCCAGAACGAUGAACUGCAAAUAAUGUAAUAAUUUCAGUUUAUUGACCGUCAUAGGGUCCUGUAAUUCAGUAGCCUUGAAAAGAUCAGUGAACAACUCUUUUUUUCUAUUUGUGCAUGUAUGACUGGAAUAUUCUGCUGUGCACCACCAUGUUGUAUAUAUUACAAUAAAUUUUCGGUACAAAA